CGAUGUAAAGGAUAGUCGCUCAGGAUUUUGAUCACCUUUGAUGGACAACUCCCUUUUUUUUGUCAACAAAUCAUUGAUAUCAAGUUAUUGUUUUUUUCCUAAUUCAAAUUUAUUUUAUAAAUCCUUUUUAUAUGACAAAUAAUUGAUAAAAAAAUAGAAUAAAAUUUAUCAACAAUGGCCGAACCUGCACCAAUCCGUCCGCAGAGGAUAAUUCGAGCCAAUCGUGAAACGACGGGUGGUCUACUUAUGUCGGUAAUACGAUCGUUGACAACAUCACGUGAUUCAGCCGAUCGUGAUCGUGAACGUUUAGAAUUAGAAAAAGGAUUUCAACAAUGCGAUGCAAAAUUAAAUGAGCUGAUUAGUCAACAUGGUAAUGAUCUUUAUAAGGUGAUGACCAUAUUUUCUACGAUUCUCACAAAUUUAAGUCGAGCAAAAGAACGUCUCAUUGAUACACGUGAUAAGUUAUUGAAUUGUCAAAAACUUUUACAUUGUAAACGCGAAGAAUUGAAAAAACUUUGGCUUGAAAUUAUUGAAAAUCGUGCCGAAUUCAAUCUAUUGGAACGUAUCGAACGUGUAAGCGCCUUACCAAGACAAGUGGAAUCCUAUGCCGAUAAGAAACAUUAUCUACAUGCCGGACAAUGUUGUGUCGACGGAUUAAGGCAAUUAGGAUGCUCAUUAUCAUCACCAUAUUUAUCAUCGGUUGGUGAACUAGAUCAAUCAUCAUCACAAAAUUCAUCAUCCGCAAUCAGUGCAAAUCAAUUUGAUUGCUCCUUGGGCAAGAUUGAAGCUUUGGCCGAAGUGCGACAAGAAUUAUUGGCUAAAAAAGAGAUGCUAUUCGACAAAUGUAUCGAAGAAUUGCAUAGACAUUUAUAUGCGAUUACUACUGAAAAUGUACGAAAACAAUUUCAAAAUGAACAACAACAACGACAGAUACGAGAAACAUCGAAUUCCAAUCAUAAUCGUAAACCAUCAAUUAUUUAUGAUAAUUUUCAAUAUGAAAAUCAGAUGAUCAAAGGUGUUUCACAACCGACCACCAUGCAAGACGAAAACGAUUUUGAUGCAUAUCCAGAAGAGGAUAGCCGACAAUUUAUUUCAAUGCUGACAAAAUGUAUUGGUCUUUUGAAUAAAAUACCUGACGCUGUCAAAAUAAUCAAAGAACGUUUUGAUGAAGAAUUCGUUAAUGUUGUUAUUCGUACAGCACAGGAUAUAUUGAUUUCCAAUCAAAAUGAUUCAAUAGCCGAUAGUUUAGCUGCUGCUAAUACUAAUCAAAUGUCAUUGAUGGAUCUUGAUGCUGAUGGAAUACCCGAUGUAUCAUCAAUGGCUAAUGUUAACUUAGUUUCAUCACCAAAUACCGGUCAAGAUUUAGUCGUCUUAACGUGCACAAGAUUACUUGGUUAUCGUUAUAAUGGAUUUAGCCAUUUACAAUCAUCCGCUACCGAUCAUCAAUCAUUAAAUUACUCGCAAUGGCCACGAACUUCCCUUCAAUUGCGACAAUUGUUUGAUAUGUUGAUUCGACAAUUUUUUCAUAUUAUGGAAUUACAUAAUACAGUCGUUCUUAUUAAUCUUAAACGAAUCGAAUCUGCCCUUCACAUGGCUGCGAUGGCUGACAAUAUGAGCAUUCAAGAUCAGAAUGAUAUCGAUUUGAAUUCAUCAGCUGUCAGCACGGCUUUUUAUUCAUCGAUAGACAUUUGGUCAAAAAUACAAUUGCUCAUACAGCAAUUACUAGAUUAUUAUCUGGAUAUUUCACAGAUUUCUGGCCAAACUUCAUCAGCUGGUUCUAUAGGUAAUGCUAUGAACUAUAAUCGAGUUUCAUCAAUAUUGUCAUCGGCUGCCGUUAACAUGUUGUUCGGAUUAAGCAGUACGGGCUCAACAAACUCUGCUGGUACUGGCUCUGUUGGCGCUGGUCGUCCUGAGAAUAUCUCCAGUUUUUUCUUGAAACGACGUCCAAUGGUUGUUGCCGGUGCCAUGAAUGCUGUUAAUGUAAUGAUGUCAAAAAAUAUUUCGAAUUCCUCAAAUACAUUCACUGCUAGUGAUUCUGGUAGUCAAACCACAGGUGCAAGUGAUCAAUCCGAUUCUGGAUCUGGUCCAUCCGCUAAUGUUUCAAGCACUAUUGUCAGCGGAACCAUGUCUAAUCAAUCUGGAACAUUACAACCUGUAUCAUCUGGACACAAUCUUCUUCAUUCAUUUUCUCAAAGCCAUUGGCGUUCAAAUCAAUCAAAUUUAUUUAAAUUUGAUCAUUCCACACAAGCAAUAUCGUGGAAUAGUUUUCUUCAACAGCAACAACGUCAAUCUGAAACAAGUACCGAUCAACAAGUUGAAAAUAGCUCCACAAGUAAUGACCAAACUGAUUCGGAUAAUAAAUCUGUUAAUCAACAACAACAAACGUCGACAGUAAAUACUAAUAUUAAUCACCGUUUAUUUGAUUCACUUCGAUCGAUUUGCCAACCGAGUCCAGAUAACUUAGUUCUUCUCUAUGAUACAUUAAUGGAGCAUGUGCGUAAGUGUCCAGUGACAACGAUAUCUAGCAAUAGUACCGAAACAGGUAAUUCGAAACAGCAGCAGAUUAGUACUUUACAUUCAUACUUGAUAACCAGCUCUGAGAAAUUCACACAACAUAUCAAUUCACAAUUGGAAGCAAUGUUGGAUCAAGCUCAAAAAAGUCUUGAAUCUGGCGUAACUAUAUUAUUGCAGCAACCUGUAAGCAAAACGGAUCAAUCAUUGAAUGCUCAACGAUCAAAACAAUUGCCAGAGAAUAAUGAUAAAAUUUCCGGAUCCUCUGAUUCUGGUGAUCAACAAUCCCCCAUGACACCAUCCGGACCAUCAAUCACUAUCGGUCCUGGAAAUAAUGUAACAUUGCUUUUAUUAGAAUCAGCCAUAUUGGUUGAUGUAGCAGUUCAUGAUUUAAGUAUGUUGAUGGGAACUAUGACAGAAUAUCGACAACAUUAUCUAGGACACAUUUGUAACGUAUUAAAUGCAUACAAAGAUGCCUGUACACGUUUAUAUGAUACGGUUACAGCUGAAAUGGUACAACAACCAUCGAUGGCCUCGACAUUACAGGCAAAUCAAUCGUUAAUGGGUGGUGUAUCUAAUCUUGAUCUUGCUGAAUCAAGCCAUACUUCAACAAUUAUGACUAAUGCCGAUCAACGAAAAUCAAUCAUUUCGGCAUAUUGGGCACAAAAUGAAGACAUUAAUCGAUUAUUAAAAUCACAACCAAAUUGGAUUCAAUUAGAGAUGGCAAAUUCACGAUCACGAACAACGAACACGGGAGGGACGACGCCCACUUCAUCGAUGAGAUCGCCUCAACGAUUUGGUGGUGUUGGUAAUGCACCGUCACGUCGUCAAAUGAUGAUGAUCAAUCGCCAAAUGUCGACAUCAAUGUCAUUCGAUGUUGAAUCGCCUGAGGACGUCCGACAGCGAAAUGCAAGCGAAAUUGAUAUUCUUAUUAAGCUACUGUCACAGGAGAUAACUCAAUCGGAAUUACUUUGGAAUCCAGGGCAAUUAACUUUAUUGGGCAACAUGCAACAAUCAUUUGAAUGGCUGGCUGCACGUUGUGAUUAUUUGGUACAAAAGAUUCAAUCAAAUGGAUCAGAACAAAAAACAUUGGGAUCCUCAUCGACUAGAAAAAAUCGCAUGGGUUCGACGAAUGAUUCUUCUGAUGUACUCAUAGCUACGUUGAAUCAAUUGAUUGUAGAUUUUGAAGAACUUGGCCGACUAUGUCUUAUGGUAUUACAUUUGGAGAUACGUGUUCAUUGUUGUUAUCAUUUACAAGCACUUGAUGCUCAAUUUUUCACUACGCCAGCACCAAGUACAAUGAUGUCUACUUCGGAUCAUUCUUAUAGUGGUAGCAGAACAUCGAAUGCAACAAACAACACAUCGACAGAUCUAUCUGAUGAUGGCAGAAUAAUGCCAUUAUUAGAAGAUUUGCAAAGGAUGUAUUUUGAGAUAUCAGCUUCUCAACUUUCACCAGUCAAAAUGGGAUACCUUUUUGAAGGUCUUGGCCAUUUAAUGGCGACCAAAUUUAUCGAUUCAGCUAUGGCUGUGCGACGGGUUAAGCCUAACGGUAUAAAGCGCGCUUGUCGUGCUAUUUAUGAUAUUCAACGACGAUUAUCCACAUUAACUAAAUCACGAGAAUUGGCAUUAGAUUAUGCAAGACAAUAUUUUGAAAUGUUAUUAUUAACACCGGAAGAAAUAUUUUCUAGUAUCAUUGAACGCGGAAGACAAUUCAAACCUCAAGAAUAUAUCAGUGCCAUUACAUUGUUACAUCAAAGUGGAUUAAGUCAAACGGGAUCGGAAACCGGUAUCAACACAAUUAUGACAAAUACAUCAACAUCAAACAUUAGUUUUGAUCAACAUCAGUCAAAUCAACAGCUACAACGGUUGAUAAAACGAUUAAAUCAUAUUCUAGCUGAAGUCAUCUCAUAAUGAUAUUUAUCACAAUAAUGUUGAUAAUUAUAUUCGUA